AAGCCUUAUCCAGAUGGCAGGUCUCUGAAAUCCACUUCGUGGCCGCUCUAGGAUACACCUUGCCCAUCCUUCACUGCUCACUCUCCCUCCCCUUAUUCCAGAACACUUUCAUCGACUCAGUGAGACUCCCUUAACUUGCGGCGGCUUCAGGUUCGUCGUACUCUGCUGAGGGAUUGCAGAACGAAUUCCUUAGAACGCUAUUGAGAUCAGGGCAAGAUGACAACUUCCAUGCUAGCUCUUACAUCCUCCCUCGCUUCCCUCUCAUUUUCAUCCAAUGUAGCUCAGAAACCUACAACUGUUUCAUUUCCUCGUGCCAAAUCUGCCUCAGUUACAAACAUAUGUGGAACUCCUAGCCGUAUGCCUCGGCUUGUUGUGUCUGCCACCGUAGCUUCUCCGGAAGUGGAGACAGUGAACCUCAAGAAAUAUGUUAAAUCAAGGCUUCCUGGUGGGUUUGCAGCGCAGACAAUCAUUGGCACUGGUCGGCGAAAGUGUGCAAUUGCCCGUGUUGUGCUCCAAGAGGGCACUGGCAAAGUUUUAAUCAACUAUCGUGAUGCCAAGGAAUAUCUUCAAGGCAAUCCAUUGUGGUUACAAUAUGUCAAAAUUCCAUUGGUCACUUUGGGAUAUGAAAGUAACUAUGAUGUGUUUGUCAAGGCUCAUGGUGGUGGCCUUUCUGGUCAAGCUCAAGCUAUAUCGCUUGGCAUUGCUCGAGCAUUGCUUAAGGUAAGUGAGGACCACAGAAGACCUCUGAGAAAGGAAGGUCUGCUAACCAGGGACUCCAGAGUUGUUGAGAGGAAGAAACCUGGUUUGAAGAAAGCUCGCAAAGCCCCCCAGUUUUCAAAGCGUUGAUUUGGUGGUUUAAGUAGUCUUUUCUGAUUUUUUGUUUUUUGUUUUUGUAAUAGCUUCUCCAUUCAUCAGAGAUCUUGACUUUGAUUGUAAAUUCAGUUGAAAAUUCAUAUGUUUGGGCCUCUGAAGUUCUAGAUUGAUUUAGGCUCCAUAUACAGGUCCAAAUUCUGUUGAGAAAACUUUUGAUUUAGGCUCCUGAAGUUGCAUGUACAACCCAAACAUAUGAUGGUUUAUCAAGUAAAUGUGAAAUUGCAGUGCU